AUGUCAUUAAGAAAACUACCGCAAAAUGGUAAAAUAGCAGUACUAGGAGCAGGUAUAUCAGGUUUAACAUUCACUUAUUUUUUAAGUAAAUUACGACCAGAUUUAAAAUUUGACAUAUUUGAGAAGUCAAAUAAAGUAGGAGGAUGGAUGUCACUGCCUUCUUUAAUGGUCAAAAAUACAAAAGAAUCUAUAAUAUUGGAGAAGGGACCAAGAACGUUAAGAGGGAUAAGAGAUGGGUCAUUAUUGAUGAUUGAUAUUUUAAGAAAAUUGGGGUUAGAAAAUCAAAUUGAGGUUAUUCAUAAACUGAGUGUUGCUAAUAAGAAAUAUAUAACUGACUCAAGUGGAGAAAUUAUACAAGUUCCUAACUCUUCUAAAACGUUUGUUGAUUUUAUGAAGAAUGUUAAAGCUGUUGAUUCAAAAUUGAUUAAGGGAAUUUUGAAAGAACCUUUUGUGAAACCAGUUAGUUCAGAUGAAACUGUUGAGCAAUUUUUUAAAAGAAGGUUGGGUAGUACAAGUCUCACUGACAAUGUUGCAAGUGCAAUAAUACAUGGGGUUUAUGCUGGAGAUAUUGGAAAAUUAAGUAUUAAAAGUGUGAUGCCAUUUAUGAAAGAUUUAGAAAAUGAAUCUGGGUCAAUUAUUAAACAUAUGUUGAAAAGUUUAAGAAAAAGAAAAGACAAAACAGCUACACCAGAAUUAACAGAGGAGCUAAAAGUAUAUGAAAAGCAAAUCUCACCAAAUGCUGACUUAUUAGCAGUUCAAAAUAAAUUAAAAGCUUAUCCCAUGAUUAAACUACAUGAUGGUUUACAAACAUUACCAACUGCAUUAGCCAAUUAUUUAUCAAAAAACAAGAACAUAAACCUUCAUUACAAUUCACCAGUUACAGCUUGUGAUCCAAAAUCGGGUUUAGUAAAUGGUCAAAAUUUUGAUCAUAUAAGAAGCACCAUUGAUUCAUAUAAUUUAGCAAAUUCAUUACCUCAACAAAAUCCAUUAAUACCAGAUUUGAAAUCAGUUGAAUACAUCAGCAUAUUCUUGACAAAUAUAUAUUCCAAAAAGCCAAUACUAAUACCUAAAAAUAAACCAGGUUUUGGAUUUUUAAGACCAAGACAUCAACAUAUCAAAGAUAAUCCACAAGCUUUAUUAGGUGUAAUUUAUGAUUCUGAUAUAGAAAAGAAUGUGACUAAAUUAUUUGAUUCUACCAUCCAAAAUCUUCAACAUAACCAAAACUAUAACAAAAUCACAAUGAUGAUGGGUGGACAUUAUUAUAAUAACUGGAAUAUACCUUCAAAUAAAGUAAAUUUACAAAUUGUAAAAGAUAUCUUACAAGAUAAAUUAAAAAUUGACUUAUCGAAAUAUAAUAUUAAGGUAGUAAAUUAUGACCCAAACAAUGAAACUUCUUUCACAAUAGAUUCAAUAAAUGAUAAUGAUAUAAUAAUAAGUUAUAAUUUAAUUGAGAAUUGUAUACCUCAAUAUAAUUUAGGUUAUCAAGAAAUUAAAUCUCAUGCAUUGGAAACUACUAGAGAACAAAAUUUUAAAAUAUCAUUUGGUGGUACUGUAUUUGGUGAUGGAAUUGGAGUUCCUGAUUGUGUAAGCAAUGCAUUGAAAGAUGCCAUAAAAUUACUGUAA